GCCCUGUAUCUCAUUGCUACUAACGGGACUCCAGAGUUGCAAAAUCCAGAAAAGCUUUCAGCCAUAUUCCGAGACUUCUUAAAUCGCUGUCUGGAAAUGGAUGUGGAAAAGAGAGGUUCUGCAAAAGAACUGCUACAGGAGGAAAAUGAGAUAAAACCCCCUCAGAUGGAGGCCAGUUCCACCAGCUUCAAGACACUCAAGUUUGGGAAGCUGAAGGUGGUACGUCGGCGCUUGCUACAGAGGUAUGAGCAUCAGCCCUUCAUCUCCUGCCUGGCUGGGUUCUACAGCUGCCGGUGGAAGCGAUAUCAGCGUAGAAGGACCGAGCCUGGGAAAUGCUGCUGCAAGACGCGGGAAUGUGUGUUUUUCCCAUUGCUUGUUGGAGCUUUCUGUUUUUCUCUGGUCUUUCUGUACAUGUGGAGUGAAGCAAAAAAUGACUACAAUAACUUUGACUGGUAUAACUAUGGGAACCUGGGCUUCUGGUUUCUCUGGUCUCUCGUUCUCCUGAUCGUGGCUGCAAUCUUGUUCGUGUACAUCACGCUGUUAUUGGUAA